CAUUGUUUAGGAUUACCCUGUUCAUCUUGUUGGGGUCCAGAAGUUCUGCAUAUAUUAACAGCACAAUUUAUAAUCCCCUCCACAACUUCAAAGGGUAGAAAUCUGUUGUUUAGCAAAUUUUAAGCAGAAGUAUGAAAAAUUGAGGAAUAUUUUCAGCAACUUUUCAUUUUCCAGGUGAGUGAGUGUUUCAAAAGUCUUCUAUGCUACCUCCUCCAUUUCCAAAGCAAUCAAACAUUUCUCUUGUUCACAAAUAUGUGAAAUUCAGACCUGAACUUUACCCUGUUUAUUUUGGUAGACCAUUAAUUUAGGCUGGUGAAUUGCCAGAAACCAUGUGUGAAAUAGUCUGGUUCUUUGGUAAGCUUUCAGGAUUUGAUCCAUUGGUCUUUCAACAUCUUUAAAAGUUGGCCUUUAUUUCAUUGGCAAUAUCUGGUUCCCAAGCAACAAGCUCUGUCAACAGAACUGGUUAAUGUGUGUUCACAAUUCUUGUUGCUUGGGUAUUCUAUGCUGCUCAGCCCUUCUCCUCGACAACAAACCAACACAAAACAUACCGGCAGGUUUUCCUUUUGGCUUAUAGGGGUGCAAUUUUGCUAUACAUCAGUUGGACACUCAGUUUUCCUAAGGAGAAGAUGAGCAAUCAAAAUGUGGUAACGUUGAAUGUGGGAGGAUUGAAAUUCACAACCUGGCCUUCGACAUUACAGCAAUUCCCUGAGUCCAGGUUGGCAAGGAUGCUCAAUGGCAGCGACCGGGAAUUUCGACUGGUGAAUGGCCAGUUCUUUGUUGAUCGUGAUGGAGUUCUGUUUGGCCAUAUUCUGGACUUCUUAAGAACGCUUCAGCUUUCUCUGCCCAGUGAUUUCACCGACUAUCAGAGGCUGCAGAGAGAGGCUAACUUCUAUGAACUCCAUUCUCUGGCUGACCUUCUGAGUCAGGAAAGUUUGUUGAAGCCAAAGAUGGAGAUACUGGAAAUACGAUUCUUGCUCCAAGAGACUCAGGCUUUUUUCCGGGUAUUUGGCUCUUGCAGCGCCACGAUUGAUGUGCUAGCUGGGCGAAUCACCGUCUUUGCAGAACAGCUUGGGGGGGCAACUUGGAAUAACAACAUCCCAUUACAGAAGCCACUGGUCCCCCUUCCUUUGGAGAGGCCUUCCUAUCAUGACUUUAUUUUCCAGUGUGGCACUGACUAUAGUGAUCGGCUUGGGGCAAGGUAUGUUUCUAUUAAACCUGAUCACAGGAAACUGAUCAAUGGGACUAAUGUUCUUGGCCUGCUGGUUGACGUCCUACUGAAAGAAGGAUUCCGUUUAGUGAGCACAAGGACAAUCUCCGCAGAAGAGAAAAUUGAAUGCUAUUGUUUUGAAAGAACAAGGCAGCCGGAUGCCCUCCCCAUCAACCAAGCCACGCAGGAUGCUGCUGUGCCCCAAAGAAAACCAGUCCAGAUACACAAAACAUAAGUCUUCAGUGAGACUGUAGAAAUGGUAGAAAUCACAGUACUCAAAAUUGUAAUGGGUGUAUAAAAGUAGCUCAUAUGGUGCAAUGGCAAGUUGUUUGCUACCAUGUUUUUGUUAAGUUCCUUUUAGUGAAAUAAAUUUAGGCUCAGUUGCUGCAAUUUAAAGCUUAUCUGCGAUUAUUUAAAAUGUCAAAUAUACGAUUUGAUACUGCAUCCACAGGAAAUCUAGUUUUCUACCAACUGUAUCAAAUUGUUCUUAUGAGAUGCUAUACCUCCUAGGACGAAAUCAGUCCAGUGAUGCUCGCCCUUAUAAAGAGGAGAGGAGAGCAUCCGGCAACCUCUGCAAUUGUGGUAUCUCUAAAGGACCCGUGGUACUAUGAACUUUAUGGCUAGCAACGGGACUGAAUUUUGACCUCUUUGGAAGGCAUUUAUUGUGCUUGUGUAGUCUUCUGAAAACAUCAGCAAGUUUAUGAUAUGAGUGACUGAGGAAAUUGCUCCGACAAUUGACAUGUAUGGUAGCCACUUUGCUCCAAUUGAGUAACUCUGGUCCAAAACUUAAAUUAUUCUACUACUAUGAGGAAAUUAAAAGUAACUUGUUGUGGUGCAACUGGGGUGGAUCCUACCCCUAUCCUACCACUCCACUGAGCCAAGUUUGAAGCCUUUCUCCAACUUAUAUGCCUCUUCUUCCAACAGAACAGCGGCUUUAAUUGGAGGAAGGCUCUUUAGGCUGGACAAAGGAUGGUGGGAUUUAUCCCAGUGUUUUAGAAGGAAAACUGUAAAAUAAAUUGGAAAUACUCUGUCUUUAUUUGUCUUGGGUUGGCUAUCAACUUAGCCUCUGCUGAAUUGAAUCAAGGGCCCUGGUGUUAUUUUUUCCUCCACUGAUGUUAACUGCCAAUUCUGUUCUUAUUCUUAAGUCUCUAAUAAUCCUUUCAUGUGAAUCUUACUAAGGUAUUUGUUUUGGUGUUUUGCCAUUGUUCUGCCUCUUUUCAAUGUCCCCCUAACCUUCUGAGAUAGCUGUAGAUGAUCGCUGUGACACCCGUCCCUCAAUUAUUUGAUCCAGUUCUUUUAAUAUCCGCUCUUUCUACUUGGAGCCUUUCCACAGGGCCU